AUGGCCGCCGUACGACCUUUACGGCUCGAGAUAUCGUGGAGCGCGCUAUAUUGGAGUAAGGUAUCUUCCUGGUGGGCAGAAUGGCGGUUAGGGUUAGGGUUAAGAUUCGUUGAAGAUUGCGGUCCCGUGCCCAUCCGAAGGACUACCAACACGCUCCAGGAGCUAUACCAACCUGGUUACUGGACGGACACCAUCUGGAUUCGAUCGCAUCUUGCAUCCACGCGAACAUCAAUCGUGCUCGACUGGUCUGGAGAAGUAUCAGCAAAUGCGAAUGACCCCUACAGAAUCGCCGAAAAUGCGUGUUAUCCCACUAUGCUUUAUCCCAACGCAGACGGUAGGUUCGCUUUAAACGCUGAUGAUCCCUACUACAUGAAUAAUCGUUUGGUGCAAUAUCCAGGCGCUUACGUUUACCCACCAGCACAGGCUGUCACUGCUGGUUUAACGCCGCCAACAAGGAAGAGAAGUGUCGAGUUACUGGUCUAUCCGGAUGAUUCCGUUGCAUAUGUUGUCGAUGCCAGCAACAGCGCCAGACCGGCUACCCCAUCCGAGAUCGCUGAAGGCCUUGGCGUCGAUGCAUGUCUCGAUGCGGAAUGCACUCAGGAAAAGGCAGUUGGGGGAGAAUGGGGAACAGGUUGA